AGACGGGAGGAGAGCUCGGUGUCUCCCGGUGCACUUGGCAGUCUUGUUGCGGGCUGCUGUGCUGUUGCUGUCGUGGCGUGGCUGGUCGCGCCAGGCGGGGGAACUUCACCACACUGGAGCCCGGAGUCCCACUCUCUCACCUGCGCAGUUCGGAGCUGCCAUGGGUCUCUCGCCUGGAUUUACUGUCCUGAUCAUUCUACCGGCCUUCCUGCUGCACACCAGCGGCCUUUACAUCGCCAGUAGCGUCGACUCCCUGCAGCACGUCCUGGGGGAGUAUGGACUGGCGAGGCCGAUGAGUGUGGACGCGGAGGGCCGCUUCCUGUCGCACGCCGUCUCGGCGGGCCGGGCGUCAGGAGGGCAGCCCCGUAGGCGCCAGAAGAGGGAGGUAGGAGGAGGCAAUGAAGAGUGGGAAGGACCGAGCGGGGUCCAGAGGCUCUACUACAACGUCACCGUCUUCGGCCGGGAGCUCCACCUGCGCCUGCGCCACAACGCCGGGCUGGUGGCCCCCGGAGCCAAGAUCGAGUGGCGUGACGACGACGAUAGCACCCGGCACUUUGAGAGGCUGCAGGACGACUGCUUGUACGUGGGGGACAUCAGCGACACGCCGGGGGCCACCGUGGCCCUCAGCAACUGUGACGGCCUGGCGGGCAUGAUCAGGACGGAGCAAGAGGAGUUCUUUAUCGAGCCGGUGGAAAGAGGCGCCGGGGCGAUCGAGGAGGAGGAGGGGGCAGCGGGAGGAAGGUCGCACAUCGUCUACCGCUCCUCGGCCAUAAAGAAGGCGCCCGUCGACAGCACGGCGGGAGACUCCCACUCCAGAGGUCAGUCCCCGGUUCCCACUGGGUGCACCCAAACCUGCACCAACACUCCCUCGGCGAGAAGCGUACGCCGCUUCGCCAUCCCUCACACCGCCGGGUUACGUAACCGAGGCGUUGUUGUAUUGCAAAAAGCCAGCCAGUCGCAGCAGGAUCACUCUGCUGUCAGGGAGAAAAUAUAUAUUUCACCUGCUCUGCACAAACACAUCCACCCAUCACUGCCCUAAUUAUCCAGAGAAAAGCGAGUGACAUAUGGAGAUGUGGCACCACGUCUUAUUGUUCCAGGCAUGGCGCCUUCUGUGUCUUUAUUUUGAAAUGCUACACUGCAUUAGAUGCAUCAACAAUUAACCUGCUGCGCGUCUGUUCGCUUUAGGAGACCAAACAUGUUGUUUACUACCCUGAAAGGUGGAGAUCAGGGAUGUCAAACUGGUUUUCAUUAGGGGCCACGUGGCAGAGGGCCGCUUGUAACAGCCAAUAAUGUAUGAAUUUGCCUCUGGAUUUCAUUAUUAAUUAUACCUGUAUAUCCAUCCAUCCAUCCAUUUUUUACCGCUUGUCCCUUUCGGGGUGGCGCGGUACACCCUGGACAAGUCGCCACCUCAUCGCACACUGCAAAAAGUCAGUGUUAAAAAAUAAAUAAAUAAAUAAAAAAUAAAAAAAAUAAAAAAUUGGGGGUAUUUUAUUUGAACUAAGCAAAAUUAUCUGCCAAUAGAACAAGAAAAUGUGGCUUGUCAAGACUUUCCAAAACAAGUCAAAUUAGCUAACUUCAAUGAACCCAAAAAUACCUUAAAAUAAGUAUAUGCUCCCUAAUAACAAGUGCACUUUUCUUGGUAAAAAAAAAAAAAAAUGAGGCCUUUUUGCUCAAUAUUUUGAAAAAUAUUCUUAAAUGAAGUAAAUGCUAGUGCCAUUAUCUUGACAUAAUGAUAUGUGCUCGUCAUCAUGAUUUUUAUUUUUUCAUGCUUGAAAUAAGAAAUGAUUACUUUAAAAAAGUCGUUUUAUACUUGUGAGUGUUGAUGACACAGCUUUGCAACAGUUGAUAUUCUAGUUUCAAGCAUGUUUUACUCAAAAUAGGCCAUCAAAUCUCAGCAACAAGCUGUAAUAUCUUACUGAGAUCAUUUAGGACCACUUAAAACAAGUAAAACACUCUAACAUAAAAUCUGCUUAGUGAGAAGAAUGAUCUUAUCAGACAGAAAAUAAGCAAAUAUCACCCUUAUUUGAGAUAUUUCAUCUUACUUAGAUUUCAGUUUUUGCAGUGUAUCUCAGCUGCAUUCGGGCGGUAGGCGCGGUACACCCUGGACAGGUCGCCACCUCAUCGCACACUUCAAAAAGUCUGUGUUCAAAAACAAGAAGAAAAAAAAUACAAAAAUGAGGGGUAUUUUAUUUGAACUAAGCAAAAUUAUCUGCCAAUAGAACAAGAAAAUUUGGCUUGUCAAGACUUUCCAAAACAAGUCAAAUUAGCUAACCUCAAUGAACCCAAAAAUACCUCAAAGGCCUACUGAAAGCCACUACUAGCGACCACGCAGUCUGAUAGUUUAUAUAUCAAUGAUGAAAUCUUAACAUUGCAACACAUGCCAAUACGGCCGGGUUAACU